AAAGGCAAGAUCCCGCUCCUGCUCGCCGUCGAGGCGGGCAACCAGUCGAUGUGCCGGGAGCUGCUCUCGUCGCAGACGGCCGACCAGCUGAAGGCUACCACUACCAAUGGCGACACGGCGUUACAUCUGGCCGCUCGGCGGAAGGACGUCGAGAUGGCCCGGAUACUGAUCGACUACGGUGCCAACGUGGACGUACAGAAUGGCGAGGGCCAAACGUCGCUCCACAUAGCGGCCGCCGAGGGCGACGAGGCGAUGGUGAAGUACUUCUAUACCGUGCGCGCCUCGGCGGGCAUUACCGAUUUUCAGGAUCGUACUCCGAUGCACCUGGCAGCUGAGAAUGGACAUGCGUCAAUCAUUGAAAUCCUGGUGGACAAGUAUCGCGCCAGCAUCUACGAACGAACCAAGGACGGGAGCACACUGAUGCAUAUCGCCUCACUGAACGGUCAUGCCGAGUGUGCCACGACGUUGUUUCGCAAGGGUGUCUAUCUUCACAUGCCAAACAAGGGCGGUGCCCGGAGCAUCCACACGGCGGCCAAGUACGGCCACUACGGCCACGUGGGCAUCAUCAGUACGCUGCUGAACAAGGGCGAGAAGGUGGACGUGCCGACGAAUGAUCACUACACUGCACUACACAUCGCCGUGCAGUCGGCCAAACCGGCCGUGGUGGAGACGCUGCUCGGGUUUGGUGCCGAGGUUCACGUGCGGGGCGGGCGGCUACGCGAGACGCCGCUGCACAUAGCGGCCCGCGUCAAGGCCGGCGACCGGUGCGCGCUGAUGUUGCUCAAGUCCGGGGCCGGCGCGAACAAGACGACGGACGACGGCCAAACGCCGGUGCACGUGGCGGCCAAGCACGGGAACGUGCAAACGCUGGACCUGCUGCUCGAGGACAAUGGCGAUCCACUGAUCAAGUCGAACGUCGGCGAAACGCCACUCCACCUGGGGGCGAGAAACUGUCACCCACAGAUCGUGCGGCACCUGAUCGAGUUCGUGAUGAUGAAGCACGGCAAGGAGGUGCUGCGGAACUACCUGAACUUCACGAACGAGGACGGGGCGACGGCGCUACACUACGCCUGCGAGGUGACGAAGGAGGAAGUCAACAAGCGGUCGAAGGAGCGAAAGGAACAGGAAGCGAACGGGGACCGGGACAUCGUGCGGAUGCUGCUGGAGAACGGGGCGGACGUGUCGCUGAGCACGCGGUCGACGCAGGAGACGUGCUUCCACGCGGUGUCCGUCGCCGGCAACAACGACGUGCUGACGGAAAUGAUCGGCCACAUGACGGCGACCGACAUCCAGAAGGCGAUGAACCGCCAGUCGUCGGUCGGCUGGACGCCGCUGCUGAUCGCGUGCAACCGGGGCCACAUGGAGCUAGUGAACAACCUGCUGGCCAACCACGCCCGGGUGGACGUGUUCGACAACGAGGGCCGGUCGGCGCUGCACCUGGCCGCCGAGCACGGAUACCUGCAGGUCUGCGAUGCGCUCAUCACCAACAAGGCCUUCAUCAACUCAAAGUCGCGA